GAGAGCGGCGGCGAGCCUGUCGGUCAGGCCGAGGUGUACGCCACGAUUGGGCGGCCGCUGGUGGCGCACGCGUUCAACGGGUUCAACUCGUGCCUGUUUGCGUACGGGCAGACUGGGAGCGGCAAGACAUACACGAUGAUGGGCGCUGACCCGAACGCGAUUGGCGGAGCUGACGCUGGCGUGACGCCGCGGUUGUGCCUGGAGCUGUUCCAAAUGCGCGAGCGCAUCGAGGCGGAGGGCCACUCGAAGUGGUCGGUGGAGGUGGGGUACAUCGAGGUGUACAACGAGCGUGUGUCGGAUCUGCUGGCGAAGCGGAAGAAGGGCUCGAAGGAGGAGGUGUUUGUGGAUGUGCGCGAGCACCCGACGCGUGGCGUGUUCAUCGAGGGGCAGGAGCUGCGCGAGGUGUCGAGUCUGGACGAGGUCCUGGGGCUCAUCGAGGCCGGCAACCGCGUGCGCCACACCGCCGCGACGAAGAUGAACGACCGCAGCAGCCGCAGUCACGCGAUCUUCAUGCUGCUGCUGCGCGAGGAGAGGUCGAUGCAGGCGGCGACUGGGCAGACAAUCACGACGGCCGGCAAGAACAGCCGGAUGAACCUUGUGGACCUGGCGGGGUCGGAGCGUGUCGCGCAGUCCGAGGUUGUUGGGCAGCAGUUCAGCGAGGCGCGGCACAUCAACCUUUCGCUGACGACGCUCGGGCGCGUAAUUGACAUGCUGGCCGACAUGACAAAGAACAAGGAUAGCCAGUGGUCGAUGCCGCCGUACCGCGAGUCGAAACUGACGUUUCUCCUGAAGGACUCGCUUGGCGGCAACUCGAAGACGUUCAUGAUUGCGACGGUGAGCCCGAGUGCGAUGAACUACGAGGAGACGCUGAGCACGCUGCGCUACGCAUCUCGUGCACGUGACAUUGUGAAUGUGACGAAGGUGAAUGAGGACCCGCGUGCACGUCGCAUCCGUGAGCUGGAGGAGCAGAUGGAGCAGAUGCGCAAGGACAUUCAGGGCAAGGAUCCUGCAUACGUUGCCGAACUGGAGGAGAAGCUCAGGCUGCUGGAGGCGGAGGCUCAGAAGCGCGCUGCCGACCUGCAGGCACUGGAGCGAGAGCGGGAGAAGAACGAGAUCCGAGAGAAGAUGCUGCGGGUAACAGAGGCUGAGCGACAGGAGCUGCUGAGCAGGGCUGGGGCUUUGGAGCGGCAGGCAAUCGAGUUAUCCCGUAACAAUGAAAAAUUACUGCGCGAGCGGGAGGAGAAGGAGCGCCGCUUUCUUGAGCAAAUGCGGCGCCGCGAGGCCGAGAUGGAAAAUAAUCAGGAGAGGUGGAAUACUGCUCUGGAGCGGGAGCGGGUGUUGGUGCUUCAGUUGCGCCGUGAUUGUGAUUUUUAUCGAGUGCAGUUGGAUGCGAUGGAGUCCCGCUACGGUCUCACGGUGGAUCACAUGGAGUGUCUCGUAGAAUUUUUGAGGAUUUUUUACGAAAAGGGAGCAGCAUCUGUCAUGAAUUGCCAGAUGGCGCAAUUACGGGAGUCGGAGGCGAAGUGGGUGUCGUCAAUGAAGGCAUUGAGGAAGGAUCACGACAAUGUCGCCGUCGAGCGCGCUCGAUUGUCGGAAUCACUGCGUACGAUGGAGGCGAAGAACAAAGAGUUGGACGCUGCGAAUGAGGCGCUUGCGGUUCAACUUGCGCAAGUGGAGGGAGAGAUUUUACGCCUGCAGGAUCGGUUUACAAACACCGUGUCGGAUCGCGACGCACUUGCGGAACAUCUGCAGGUGAUUGAGGUUACAAAGGCGGAGUUAGAAGCCCUCUACAACGAAGCCAACAAAAAAUGUGAAGAGUUUGAGCGCAAACUUAACUCGCCCCCCGUUUGCACCCAUCAUUCCAAGAAAUUUGAGGGAGAAGAAUGGGAUGCCCUCCUACACGGCCGCCCAUCGGAGAUGCUGGAUGUAUUUACGAACGACGUCAGUACGGCCUGCAGGGUAUCGAAGGACUCGGUCAAUAAUGUAACGUUUGCACUCGGGAGUCUCACAUGCGAGUUUGACGUAACACAUGAUGCGGACACUACAGCAGCAGACAUAGACAAACGUAUCGCAGAACACCCGUUUUACCUCAUGCAAAAA